UCUAUAUGCCUUAUACAAUUAUCUGUGGUUUUGCGACCCUCUAGUGGGUCAAUGUUGUACUGCAAGGCAAAUGCCUCAUCACGUGGCUUUAAAAUCUAUGUGUCUAUGGCAGCCGCCAGUUAUGUCCGGAAGAAACACUGCCAUCAUUAUCCCAUGUGCAGCGUCAAGAAAGUUGAGAAAAAUAGAAAUCCAUGAUGGAGACGUCUUCUCGUGAUCAAGCUGGUGGAGGUCUGUGGAACUGUCCUAGAAGGACCCAGUACAGCAAGGAGAUUCAGGAGAUGCUGAAAUUAAUGAUGCAAGAGUCGAGACUCACCAACUUCCAGCAAAGACAGAUCAAUGACAAACUUAAGAAGGGAUCAGCUUUGCCAUUGACCUGCAACCCCACAUCAUCGGCUCCUCCCUCACUGCCCAAACCCAAAGUCGUAAAGAAUAGCACAACCCGCACUCCAGCCAAGCCCCUGAGGCGCACCGCUGACAAUUGUAGUUCUGGGGACAACUACACCAGAGAUAGGUUCCGCCCCAGUGCCACAC